AUGACUGUAAAAAUGAAGGCCUUAGUUGCAGCUGCCAUCAGUCUUGCACUAACAACUAUAGUUAUCGGCAAUGCAUACUAUCAGAAGAAACAGUUUUACCCUUCCGUUGUUUAUCUCACUAACUCAAAUCCUAGUAUGGCUGUCAUGUAUUUACAAGGGUUAAUUCUUGUUCUUCUUGUUGGGAAAAUUAUUCGGAAAAUUUUCUUUGGACAGCUGCGUCCUGCUGAACUUGAGCAUUUAAUGGAAAGGUCCUGGUAUGCAAUCACAGAAACUUGUUUAGCUUUCACUGUGUUCAGGGACGAUUUUAACCCUAAGUUUAUAGCACUGUUUACUGUUUUAUUAUUCUUGAAAGCAUUCCACUGGUUGGCUGAAGAUCGAGUUGAUUACAUGGAAAGGAGUCCUGUCAUAGGUUGGUUGUUUCAUGUGCGGAUUUUGACAUUGCUCAUGCUGUUGGCCCAAGCAGAUUUCUUUUUCAUCCAUCACGCUUACCAGUUCACCCUUCUUAAAGGACCAUCAGUUCAACUUGUAUUUGGAUUUGAAUACAGCAUAUUACUGGUGAUGAUAGUUAACAUUUUGAUAAAGUAUAUUUUGCACGCAAUCGAUUCGCGUUGGGAAGCUCCAUGGGAAAGUAAGGCCGCAGUGCUGCUUUACACUGAAUUAGCUAUUAACUUCUUCAAGGUCCUACUGUACAUCGGCUUCGUAGUGAUCAUGGUUAGGAUAUUUACUCUGCCGCUCUUUGCCUUCCGACCCAUGUACGAGACGAUGAGGAGUUUCAAGCGAGCGUACAGCGACGUGGUGUUAUCGCGUCGUGCCAUACGAAACAUGAACACCCUGUACCCUGACGCCACGGCCGAGGAGCUCGCGGCCGCGGACAACGAGUGCAUCAUCUGCCGCGAGGAGAUGCACGGAGGUGCCAAGAAGCUGCCGUGCAACCACAUCUUCCACGCGGCCUGCCUCCGCCUGUGGUUCCAGCGGCAGCAGACGUGCCCCACCUGCCGCCUCAACGUGCUGCGAGCCCCCGCGCCGGACGCCGCGCCUCACGCCCCGCACGCCGCCCCCGCGCCCCACGCCCCGAACGCUCCCCGCGCGCCCCCGCCGCCCUUCCCCAACGUUCCGCCGCCGCCCAUGAUGGCCUGGGGCAUGCCCCCCGCCCCUCCGCCCCGGCCCGCCUCGCUCGCCACGCUCUCCGCCGAGGAGCUGCGGAGGAUGGAAGGCACCGAGAGGAGGAACGUCGAGGCCCGGCUGCACUUGCUGCACGAGAUCCAGGCGAUGCUGGACGCGUCGGUGCUGCUGAUGCAGCAGUACUCGUCGGUGGUGGCCAACCUGCCGCUCGACCGCAACGACGUCGCCACGCAGACGGACGCCAAUCGCCCCGAGCCGUCCCCGGCGCCGAGUCCGGCCGGAGCGAGGCCGGAGCCCGACGCCGUCCCCGGCACCUCUUCCGAGGCGACUCCGGGACCCUCCGGCUCCUCCGACGGCUUCGAAGACUUUGCUUUUGACGAUGCGGACAAAUUGACGAGCGACACUUUCAGCGAGAAGACGGACGCCGACGCCGAGGAGCUGAGAAGACGUCGGCUGCAGAAGUUCAGUUUAGAGAAUUGA